CCUGUCGUUGCCUAAGCUUUUCUUUAGCGGGACGCCUAAAGUCCCUAAAAAGCAAAAGAGUAGUAACUGUAUAUAUUCUGUGCAAUUUCUAGAUUCCUCUCGGUAUCAUAUCAAAUCUCCUCAUUAUGAAGUCAUCAUUGCUUUCUAGCUUGGCACUGUCCACCCUCAUCCCGGGUAUUACCUCCAGUUCAGGUACAGCAUCUGAUGGCGGCUGCGGAAAACAACUCCCUGAAGGCGUACAGAGCGAUAAAUCUGUCGACCUCACCCUCGAUAGCUCGAGCGGCGUUACACCCCGCAAAUACCGCCUGCAUCUCCCACCAUCUUACGACAUCAAUAAGAAGGUGCCCCUCAUCCUCUCUUUCCACGGUCGAGGUAAAGAUGGGCAGUUCCAAGAGGCAUUGAGCCAAUUUUCGAAUGCGAGUUAUGGAUUUGACGGCAUCGCUGUGUACCCUGAGGGCGUCCCCAAUGCAAAGGGAACCCAACAGUUUCAAGGCGACCCCGACGCGCCAGCAUCAAUCAACGAUGUCAAGUUUACACUAGAACUGCUAGACCACCUUCAAUCCACAUUCUGUAUCGAUGCUUCCCGCAUCUACGCCGCCGGAAAGUCCAAUGGCGGAGGAUUUACUGGCUUGCUGGCCUGCGACCCAGACGCGACAAAGCGUAUCGCUGCGUUUGCUCCGGUAUCUGGCGCUUUUUACCUUGACAAAGAUCAAAAGUUGCCAGAGUGUAAACCAAGCAGGAAACCAGUCCCGCUCAUGGAGUUCCACGGCUUCAAAGACACCACAAUUCGCUACCUGGGCGGCCCGAAUACACGCGGAACGACAAAUACUACUAAUAUACCAACUUAUGUUGACGACUGGGCAAAACGCAAUGGAUUCGAAGUUGCCGCUAACAAGACAUCUUUUCUCUGCAGUGGAAAGAAGAAGGUGACGAGGUACAGCUGGGACGACGUGGUUGUGCAUUACAACUACACAAACCUAAACCACGAUUGGCCGAGCUCGUUUGCGAACGGGGAUACGGAAGACGCGUUGACUUGUGUUGAGGCGGAAGCAACAAGUAUCAUAUUGGCAUGGUUCAAGAAGUGGACAUUGUAAGCAGGUCUCUAGAUAGGCUACAUCUAGAGCUAUAUCCUGGACACAAAUUGAAAAUUUGUGCUCAGGCUUUUGUUGUAGAGAGUCACAACACGAAUACAUUUUCCCACUAGAGCCGAGCGCUGUGCG